AUGGGAAGUGCAGUCGAGACUCUAUGUGGACAAGCAUAUGGAGCUCACCGCUACGACAUGCUUGGAAUCUAUUUCCAAAGAGCGGCUAUUGUCCUCGCUCUAGUUGGUUUGCCCAUGACAGUACUAUACACCUUCUCGUACCCCAUUCUACUUCUCUUAGGUGAGCCCGAAAUGGUCUCGUACAUGGGUUCCUUGUAUAUCGUCGGGCUUAUGCCUCAGAUCUUCGCUUACGCCGUCAACUUCACGGCUCAAAAGUUCCUCCAGGCCCAAAGCGUGGUGAGGCCCAGUGCUUACAUCUCAGCCGCAGCUCUCUUCCUCCAGAUCUCGCUAACGUGGAUGACCAUUAACGUGAUGGGCUUUGGUCUUAUGGGCAUCGCUUAUGUUCUGACUAUCUCUUGGUGGGUCAUAGUUAUGGCGCAGAUUUUGUAUAUUACGAGUAGUCAAAAGUUUAGACACACGUGGACUGGUCUUAGUUGGAGAUCGUUUCAUGGUCUUUGGAGUUUUUUCAAACUCUCUAUUGGUUCUGCUGUUAUGAUCUGUCUGGAGAUGUGGUAUUCGCAGAUUCUUGUUCUUCUCGCUGGUCUGCUUAAAGAACCUGCUCUCUCUCUAGAUUCUCUGUCCAUAUGCAUGUCAGUUUCAGCAUUAUCUUUCAUGGUCUCCGUAGGCUUCAACGCAGCUGCAAGUGUGCGGACAAGUAAUGAGCUUGGAGCAGGAAAUCCAAAAUCCGCUUUGUUCUCUACAUGGACAGCGACUUCUGUUUCCUUCGUGAUCUCUCUUGCAGAGGCCCUCGCCGUGAUAGCAUCACGUGAUUACAUUAGCUACAUUUUCACGUCGGAUGCUGACGUGGCUAAAGCCGUCUCUGACCUCUGCCCAUUUCUCGCCGUCACCAUCAUUCUUAACGGAAUCCAACCCGUCUUAUCCGGAGUGGCAGUGGGAUGUGGAUGGCAAACAUUCGUUGCAUAUGUGAAUGUUGGUUGCUACUAUAUUGUUGGUAUUCCUAUUGGCUGUAUACUCGGCUUCACUUUCAAUUUUCAAGCUAAGGGAAUAUGGACCGGGAUGAUCGGAGGUACCCUCAUGCAAACCCUCAUUUUACUUUACGUGACGUACCGAACAGAUUGGGAUAAAGAGGUGGAAAAAGCGAGAAAGCGAUUGGAUAUGUGGGACGAUAAGAAGGAGCCUCUUCAAAAUUAAACGAGUAAUGGAUUUCAUGAAAAAUGUAAUUUAUGUUUCGAUGUAUAGAUUUAUAUUUAUUGAGAAUUUUAUUCUAAAAUCAGAAGGAGCCUAUUCAGUA